UCAUACCGUAGUCCAUUCGUGGCCCCCGUAGUUUGUGUGUCGUGGUUUCGAUCGGUGAAAAAUCCUGACAGCAGGACGGGGUUCCUGAUAAUUGCACCUACUGUUAAUUUUCUGGUGAAAAAUAAUCCGUUUGCAAGGAACUAACCCUGUUGCAGCUGUAAGCAAGAAGGAGUAGGCCAUGACUUGACAAACAUCGCACCGAACAAGUGAGCUGCAAGAUACACAAAAAAAUCCUCCCACUACGACGAUUUCCUGUUGGUGUAGGAAUUUUAGGUGUUUUCUUUAAUGCGACAACAGUGAUCGGUGACAAGUGCAAAAGCUAAGCGAAUUGCAUUUCCAAUAACCCUGGCAGAAAGAAGAAGCUGAUUGCGAUUUUGACACAUCUAGUAGAGUUCCGAGAAGAAAAAAAAAAGUAGGAAAAGUAGAGUGCAGUGCAAGCGAAGAAAAAAGAAGAAGUCACUAGGAAAAUUCGGCAACAAGAUAACAUCAACCUCUGGCCGAUUGCGAGUGUUUGAGUGUAUGUGUGUGCGUGCAUGCGAGUGCUAGUGGAAAAUCAUCAGUCGCCGUGGAGAAAACCCGGAGAGCGAGCGAAAGAAAACACGUCCAAGUAGUUCACUGAUCGCCCGUCGUCAUCGUCGACGGGAACCGCAGAGUGACGGAGAGAGUUGAGCGAAAGCACUCAUACAAUCGCAUAGGAUCCCACAAUCGAGCGAAGGACGACAAGUAGUCGCCAACCGCAGAAUCACUGGUACAAGGCAAAAAGGAUCCAUCGCGGAAAGCACGGAGGACUGUCCGAGCACACUCACAGCACACAAAGACAAGCUAAGCUAGGGAAUAGAACCGGAGCAGAGCCAGACAAGAGCGAUAGAAUCAGCGCCCCUGGUACCGCUGCUGGUUUCUGUGUGGGUACACGUGUGUUUGUGCAGUGUGUGCGUGCGUGACACCAUCAAAGGUUGACCGAAAUCGGAACAGGCAGCAGUCCACUAGAGUCCAGGACCACCACAAGGAUCCAGGAUCCGAGCGAACGGUGACACAGGAGCGAGCGGUUCGUGCAGCGGGUCAAGUCCAGUUCCGUAGACUAAAAUGUCCCGGUGCUAGAGUGUGAUGUGCAGACUGAUUACAUUGUAGACAAGGACACAAGAGACACUCCAAACAAGCGGAAAGCCUCCCCGCCCUAGAAUUGAUGGCCGAGUCGCCAGUCUAAGAGAUAGAGCCGGUGUUCCAUUCGAGAUCUCCAACCAGCAACAAUCCGUAGUGGUGGUGUGCGUGUGAGCACGCGUACUACGUUUGUAGUGGUGGUGUUGAGCAAAACCACCUUCUUCCUGGCUGCUGGCAGACAGCGACAACAGCAACAACAACAAGAAAAUAGAGGAAUCAACGGCUGAGUUGACGCGAAACCAACUUAGCUAAAAAAAAAACAACAACAACACUUGAAGAAAUCUAAAUAAGAGCAAGACAGUUUUAGUCUAAUUGUAAUAACUUAAAUCUAAACUACUUAACUAUUGUUUAGUCGUCACACACAUACCUUAGCACUCACACAGUCACACGUGAAUCUAUAUUAUAUAAUAACUAUCGGAUCGGAGUAGAAAACAUACACACAGCUAGAGCAAGAUGUCUUCGCAAACGGCAAGUCAACAACAAUCAACCAAUGCAACACCACAGCCGCAGUCGGCCGGUUCGGGAAAUGCGGGCAACGACCGCAUCAUCGACAGUGUCCUGUUUCCGCCGAAACACAAACUCACGAUCGCCGAGGUGUUCGACCCACAUACCGGCAAGCCCCGCCCGGAAGUCCUGAAGCAGCACUUUAUCAUGGAAGGCCGAAUCGAGGAGAAUGCUGCCCUGCGGAUCAUCCAGGAGGGUGCGGGCAUCUUGAAGGCGGAGAGCACGAUGAUCGACAUCGAAGCCCCGGUCACGGUAUGCGGCGACAUCCACGGACAGUUCUACGAUCUGAUGAAACUGUUCGAAAUCGGAGGCUCGCCGGCGUCGACCAAGUAUCUCUUUCUCGGCGACUACGUCGACCGUGGCUACUUUAGUAUAGAGUGCGUGCUAUAUCUGUGGGCGUUGAAGCUGUGCUAUCCGACCACACUGUUUCUACUGCGAGGCAAUCACGAGUGUCGACAUCUAACAGAAUACUUUACCUUUAAGCAGGAGUGUAAGAUUAAGUACUCGGAACGGGUUUACGAUGCGUGCAUGGAUGCGUUUGACUGCUUGCCCCUGGCGGCACUCAUGAAUCAGCAAUUCCUCUGUGUUCACGGUGGUCUCUCGCCGGAGAUUCAGGAGCUGGACGACAUCCGGAAGUUGGACCGAUUCAAAGAGCCACCAGCCUUCGGACCGAUGUGCGACCUCCUGUGGUCCGAUCCGCUGGAAGACUUUGGCAACGAGAAGAACUCGGACUUUUACUCGCACAAUACGGUGCGCGGUUGUUCGUACUUCUACAGCUAUAAGGCCUGUUGUGAUUUCCUGCAGAACAACAAGCUCCUGUCGAUCAUCCGGGCGCACGAAGCGCAGGACGCUGGCUACCGUAUGUAUCGCAAGAGCUCGACGACCGGUUUCCCCUCGCUAAUCACAAUCUUCUCCGCUCCUAACUAUCUGGAUGUCUACAACAACAAGGCGGCCGUGUUAAAGUACGAAAACAAUGUCAUGAACAUCCGGCAGUUCAACUGUUCACCGCAUCCAUACUGGCUUCCAAACUUCAUGGAUGUCUUCACUUGGUCGCUGCCGUUCGUCGGCGAGAAAGUAACCGAAAUGCUGGUUAACGUACUUAACAUCUGCUCGGACGAUGAGCUGAUUUGCGAAGGCGACGACACCCUGGAAGAGGCGAACGCCCGCAAGGAGGUCAUCCGGAACAAGAUCCGCGCCAUUGGCAAGAUGGCCCGUGUCUUCUCCGUGUUGAGAGAGGAGUCCGAAUCGGUCCUGCAGUUGAAAGGUCUCACGCCGACCGGUGCCCUGCCGCUUGGUGCCCUCUCCGGUGGCAAGCAGUCCCUACAUAAUGCCCUGCAGGGCUUCUCGCCCAACCACAAGAUCACAUCAUUCGCCGAGGCCAAGGGCCUGGACGCGAUCAACGAGCGGAUGCCACCGAGACGGGACACGACACCAACGCCCAGCGACGAAAAACCAAUAUCGGUGGCGACACCAAAAUAAUCAGCUUAGUCGUAAUCGCCAUUGCCACCGGCACCGAGCGCUAGCAAAAGUAUGCAACCAUAGGAGCGGCAAACUCUCACACAGCACUUUUGGCGAACAGCGGCUACAGCAAAAACAGCUACAUCCAGUUCAGCGCGAUAUAGCAUUGCUACAAGCCCACAUCCACACACACAUACACAAACAAAUAACACCCACAAACACACACAUACACACACACACAUAUGCAUAUAAAAGAAUAUUAUAAUUGAAGCUACUAAAAAAAGAAGAAGAAGAAAAAAACAAGAAGAAAACAACUAUUAAAAUAAAUUAUGAGGAAAAAUUUAAAAAUAACUUAAGUAAAUCCAUCAAUAUCUUAUAUUUGAAAACUCAGCAAAGCAAAGCAACCAUCGCAAAACAACAGCAAACCACGGAUACGAAGCAACUUGGCGAAGGCAAAAGCAAGAACCCAUACGCUCUCACUUACACAGAGGUAAAAAUUCAAACACACACACACAAACACAGUUGGAGGAAAAAGAAUCAAUGAACUGCAAACCUGUUGAGACACGAAACACAUUUUUGUUUUGGAAUCGAAGGAGGCUUACGCGCGCGCGUUUGACAGAAAUUAAAACAAAGCAAACCAAUCUGGCUUCUGACAGACAGUUCCCAUGCCCCUCUCGGCUUGAUACCCACCCGCCCUCGCAUUUUUUGCAUUUCCUCGCCACCCCUCGUACACACACACACACAUAUUCACACACAAACACAACCUACACACGCACCAACGCAUUUGAAAACCAUAGAUUUGAAAAUCGAUACCGCAAACAAGACAAACAAAAACAUAACGAUAGAUGAUCAACAAACAACAAAAUGAAAAUGUUUUAGAGAGUAAUGGUUCAAGUAACAAAACAAACAAAAAAUAUUAAUCGAAUUAUUGUUGAUGUUUUCUAGCUAAACCAAGAAACAAAGCAAAAAAAUACAAACAAGCAUGAAUCAGUGAAGAAAGACAGCAAAACAAAAACGAUGAACUUAAGCGUUUGAGUCAAAGAGAGAGAGAGAGAGAGAGAGAGAGGAUUUUUCCUUAUUUCUGACAGCAAUUUAGCCCCCCCUUGGAUGUCAACAGUAGGCUAUGACAGUGUGUCCGCUGUCUCUCAAUUUUCAACCGAAAACAGAAAAAAAAGAAAAACGCUCCGGCAACCUGUUUUUGGCUAAAUCAGUAAUAUUACAGUAACUGUGCUCCUGACGCAGAUUCUUGAAUCGGAAGUUUGCAAUGGAUCUUUACGCGAUGGCCGAAAUUGGAACGUCAUCGUGCGUCACUAGCUGCAGUAAACCUAUUAUAGUCACACUAACAAAAAUACUCUGUCCGGUUUCUCAAGUUUCGCAAAAAAAAGGAAUACAGUUUUCUAUCAAUCCAUCAACUAGUUUAUCGCAUGAUAAAUUAAAAAAAAAGCAAAAACAACCAAUGAAACCAAAAACUAAACAACAAACGCUUGAACUAUCAUUCUCAUAUGUUAUCACUACUAGAGCCGUUACACGUCCCCAUCACAGCCUACUAUUCCUUGACAGCAGAAGAAAUUAAAACGCCGAUUGAACACACGUAAACAUAACCUCUAACGUUAAUCCAAAAACCCAAAACAAACCGAGAAUGCAGCUGAAAUGACAGUCUAUAAGAAGCGACUGAGAAGAAUAAGAAGAAAAUGAAGAGAAAGGGAAGCAUUGUAACUAACCCAAAACACACAUACACACUCUUUUUCGACAUGUGAUUAAAAGUUGAGCAUGAUUCUCCGUAGAUGUGACGAUUUGAUUUUGUUUAACUUUUAACUUUCGUUUUUUUUUGUUUUGACAUAACACGCGAACUUAUCCCCAUAAAUAUUCGAAAUCGAAUGCGACUGUUGUUUGACAUUUAUCCUAUCCCAAUUCGUCCCUCCCUUCUGCAAAUAUUUUAUAUACACUUGCCCACUUCCUUUUACCUCCCAGUAGAAAAAAAAACACACAAGACGGAGAACGGAGAUGGUGGGAAAGUUGAAAAAUUGAAAGAAACAAGCUUAACACUAAUCAAGUAAGAGUAAAAAAUAUAUUUAACAGAGAAAAAACAAAAUCUAGAGAAAAUCAGAAAGAGCAAAUCGGUAGAUAAAGCAGUUUAGGAACAAUGCGAGGAUAAGUAGCAUGCAGACGAAGGAGGAAACAGAAGAAGAAAAAAAACAGAAAAAAAAAACAAGUUAAAUCGUAAGUGUAUAAUUGAUUAAUGAUUAAGUAAAUUAAUUUAACUGAAUAAAACUGAAGCCGAAGGCAGUAGAACAGGAGCGAAACCUAGAGUCGAAUGAAAGGCGAGAAGUAAAUUUAAAUAAACAAACAAACAAAACAAAAACAACAGAAGAAAAAUAUAACAAGAGAGGAGUAAUUAUUGUCAUAUUAUUAAAUCUAUUAUGAUCUUUGAGAACAACAAGAAGAAGAAGAAAAACAAACAAGAAUCUUAUAUAGAAGCAUUGAAUUUAAAAAAAAAAAAAACAAACAAAAAUUGUGCAUCUGCAAAAAAACACUAUGAACAAAAAACAGAAGCAAGUAGCAACAAAGAACGUGAAACAUUUUCAUUAUUUUAAAAACAAUUCUCUUAAUUGAAAUAGUAAUAUAGCUCAUUAAGACAAGAAAAAAAAAACAUCAUUGUGUAAGCAAAACAAAAACAAAAGAAGAAGAUUAAUUAAAAAAAAAAACUUCCCUUCCCGUGUUAAUAAACAACUUUUGCGUGCGCUUUUCUCUCAUUGAAUCAAAAAUCGACGAGUUAAUAACCUUAAACAAAAAAAAAACACACACACACACAGAAAAAUAAAUACUACGUUUUUACUUAAAUCCUGGUUAGAAUUUCUACGUCUAAGUUUUGUCAUUAUUUGUAAUAUUUUUAUUCAACUGUUGUUAUAUUAGUAAUUAAACGGAAUAUUUAUGUUUAAUGCUAGAUCUUUUUUCGAGAAUGAAAAACAUUGUUAUAGAGUAAUUUAAUAAAAACAAUAAAACAGAGCGUUAAUAACAACCAGCAGUGACCCCCUUUUAAUUUCGUUACAGGAAUAAAACCAACUCUGAACUAAACAGAAAAAAAAAUCAAUUUUUAUACCACUUCUCUAAGACAUCAACCAUUCAAUGAAAAAAAAAAAAACAAGAAAAUAAUAACUAAAGCAACUACAAAAAAAAAACAAAGAUUCACAAGAACUCUGUCAUCAAACUCUUCUUAAGAAUCGUAAUAAAAGUUAAAAUUUGUUCUUCUAUUCUAAAACAAAGCAAGCGUGUCGUUUUUGUUUUAUUUCGUUUAUCGAAUUUCAAAUUCCUUCCAUCUUUACACCCCUUCACUCACUUUCUUACACACACACACACACACACAUUCACUCACUCACCCAAACAACGGCAAACACAAGUCACCGGGCAGGAAAGCCGCGUUUGCUCUUUCUUUCGGUUUCGAUUUUCCGUUUCUUGAUUUCCUUGGUUUGUCUCUUCUGUUGCUCCUCCACCCGAGGUUAAUGGGGGUGCGUGAGUGCGACGACCGCGUCUCUGUGUGCGUGUGAGAAUCGAAAGAAAUUCCAACCAGGAUUUGAAAAUUCCCCACUUUGAUUUUCCGACCGUUGAAAAGGACCUCUCGGAGCCUGUGCCCAGCGCGCAUUUAGUUCCCACGCGAGCACCGCGCACGCACAACCACACACACACAGACACACAUACACACACACACAUGCACACACAGUUCUUGCGUAGCACUUGUUGCCAGCUUGUUUUUGUUUUGGUACGAGCAGAAGCAUUUGAAGGGAAAAGAGUAGUGUGAGAAUAGUGUGUCAAAAGAGAACGAAACUUUCGCCGAACAGUUGACAAGUAUUACCAGAGAAAAAAAAAUUGGAUUGAAAAAAGACAUUUAACGUUAACUAAUUGAAAGAUUAUCUUGUGCAGUGUGUACUUUUAGGUGUAAAAUUUCUUUCAAAUAUUUUUAUUAAGACAAAAAACAUGGAUUGUAUGAGGAAACAACCCAAUUCUGCUAAUUAAGACAACUCGAAAAAUCUUUAAGAGGCAAUUUGAUUGAAGAAAUAACUGCUAAUAAAGGUUUAAAAAAGAAAAUUACGAUAGUUAUUAUUAAUAAUUGAAAUACACUGAUAUUAAGGAAGUAAACAAAAAACACACACAAAUAAACCUUUCUAAACUUUACACUCUAGUUAAUGAAUUAUAAAAGCAAAGCAAAAACAAAAUAAAGGGAAAACUUGUUAAACAAUGAUUCUAAUUCAUCUCUAGCUGUGUCUUCAUCAUUUUAUCAUUGAAAAUGACGUUUCAGAAAUGGCUUAUUUUAAACCCGCCUGAGAACUCUAUUUUCCUCUAGUAGAAAAAUUCACAAAAACCAGAAAAAAGUUCCGAACCGACAUUUAUGUGGCGACAGUGACAGCUUUGUGAAAGCAAAACACAACAGCUGAGUCUGUUAAAAAAAAUAAGGCAAACAGCAACUUGUUGUAAAACUAAAUUGUUAAUCCACUAAUCCAAUUAAAAGCGCCAGUGUAAACAAAAAAAAACAAACACACUUACACUAACAAUAACCAAUCGCUAGAAUAAUCAUGGCUUACUGUACGAGAGAAAAUCUUAUUUACGUUUCCAAUCAAAAUGCGCUUUCGUUCAAGGUGUGCAAAAACAAAACAAAAAUAGUACUUUUACCAAUUGAAACUAAAAGCAAAUACUAACGUAUAAAUUUUUCCCUUUGUAAGAAUCACUCGAUAACAACAAAUAAACAAACAAAGCAAGCGAGCACGUGUUAUGACAAAUCUUUAGCCAAGAUACAAGACAAGUACCGUUAUGUAUAGAGAUAACAAGCAAAGACUAAUCGCAAGCUAUCAAUGUUUCUGUAACAGAGUUACACACGCCACGAAUUGGACACUUUGUAAUGAACUUUUUGAAAAUAAAUAAUGCCAGUUCGGUUGAAUUCCCCCUUCCACUUGAUAUCAGAGCAGCCAUUGGACACAAGCAAAACAAACAAAGAACGGAUCGCCGCUAGUAAACCAAAUCAUUGUUAUCCAAUAUAUCGAACAUUAAAAAGCAUUAGUAAACAAACGAGAUAAGGAAACUGCACCACUUUCAUCUAUAACGAGCAAAAUGAGCAAAGCAAAAACAAAAUAACAACAGUUCCGGCUGACUACGUACACUUAUAACCAGUAGUUUGUUUCUUCCAGGCAGCAUAAGCAAACAUGGAGAACGGAAAAAUAUGCACACAACCAACACCCACACAUACACACUCAGAUCAGCUUAACGACGACCACACACGCGCGAUUCGUUGUCACAACCACAUGCACCAUGGUGGCAUUCUAGCAAUACCAAUUACCACACCACCACACCUAUCUACACCAAUACCUUCGAGAAAACUAUCUAAACUUGCACGCGCACACCUCUAUCUACUAACCACCACCACCACCACCAGCACAAGUUCGCAUUCUUGCAAAACAUUCUAAACACACACGAAAACUUCAAAUACAAACCAAAGUAGGCGAUUGAUAAACACACAAACCGACACAAACGCACCCCCAUCGGCAAACGAUGUCAUGUUGCUCUCUCACUCUCUAUUGGUUUUGAUCAUUUCCAUCGCGUAGCGUGCUUUCUUUGUCGUUGUGUCCUUCCCCCCCCCCCCCUGUCCUCUGUCCCUCCCGCCACCCACUGUUUUUUCUCGCAUGUUGAAUUCUUCUAUUCGUCGCCAUAAUAUAUAUGUAUAUGUAUAGGAGUGUAUAGGAAUAAAAAAAAAACGUUUUUGAAUUUUUGACAAAACUGAAUAAGAGAAAGUACGUGAAACCCUAUUGUUCUUUUCCCCAUUGUUUUUCGGUUGAUUUCCAACGAAAAGGUUUGUAAGUAAUCCACAAGAAGAUACCGAUUGGUUUGGUUAAUUUUUCCGUUUUUAUUUUUUAUUCUAUUCUUUUGCGAAAUAACCUAACAGUUAAACAAUCCAUAACCGAAACAAUUCUUGGCGUUAUUGGAAAACCGGAAGAUUAUCAGUUGAAAGAAAGCUGAACAAAAACUAGAACUAGUUUAAUCAAGGAGAUAAUACACACAUACACACACACACAGAGAGAUAUACGCAAACCAGUCAAAACAAAUAUGAAGGAAGAUUAAGAACACACCCACACACACAUACACACACACAUUGGAAGGUCGAGAAAAGUCAGAACGGAAAAACAAUGGAAAUUAUUAUACAUUAUAUGAAUGAAUUUUUGAUAAUCUAAUUAUAUGUAUUUUUGAAUUGUAUUUUAUCGUGGAGUAAAAAAUAAUAUGUACCUAUGAUUAAAAACAGAAAAAUAAAAAAAAAAUCUACUAAAA